CGCGCUCACAGCCAGCAGCCGCUCAGCUCAACCAACUCGAUACAUGGAGAAGACACAGACCAAACGCUCGGAGGAGAUACCGGUGCUUCACAAACAGGAAUCAGGAUGGUCUAUAGCUCGGCUCUGGUCUUUGGACACCUCUUGUCGGAGGAAGAAAACGUCGUAGAGAUGAUAGGAAAGUGCUUUUGUCCGCUAAAGAUAACAGGACAAAAGAUGAGUUCAUCCCGGCGGGGAAGCGUCGAGAGCUACGAAGAAAGCGAGAGCAUUUCAUCCUUUGCUGACCUGGACGCCGGUCUGGAGCACGAACAGCGGCUUUUCCAGCAGGUUGUGACUCAGCAGAUGGAGCGUCGCCUCACUGAGGCCAAGGCUUCCAUCCUCAACUGCCAGGUGCUCCUGCUGCCUCGCCACAUGACCACCAGGAUUAGUCAGGAUGUGGUGCGUGCCUCUGCUGAUGAGCCCUGUGGGCUCCGGGGGGCCUCCAUCAAGCUCUACAUCGAUGGCAAAGAUGGCCUGAAGUACAUCGGGAGCAUCUUCCCCGAUUCCAGCGUCACACCGACUUUCGAGCUAUCUGUGGUCUUCAAGGCAGAAAGUGACGGCUGGCCGUCAUUCAAGAACAUCUUCGAUGGCAACAAAGUUUUGAAGCUGAGACCAGAGUACCGGCUGGUCAAGAGGAAGCUCUACUCCUCUGCCAGUCCUGUUGUUCACGACUUCAACUAGGGGUGAAGAUGAGACGCUAAACCAUUACCCGUGUGUGGUUUUAACCAUCAGCUACAUGUAGUCUGCCAUGCACUGGAACCUGAUUGCCUUCCUGUAGUUUUUAAAGUGAGUUAUUUAUUUUUCUGUAUGAAAGUCUGACAGGAGGCCCACUAUUUUUCUUCGUUUUUAUAUUUAUUUUUCGCUUUCCUCUAUUCUGUAGUUGGUGACAGUAUUUUUGCACCAGUAUUUGAAUGUAAAGAUGUGUACACUGGAAGUGUGUCAGUACAGGAUUGGGCAGGCCUCAUUCCUGAAAGAUGCCUCUUAAUAUACAGAAUGCAAAAUAAACUUUUUGCACAACUUCA